UGUAAAAACAGAUGAGAAGAGAGGAAGAAGAAGAAGUAAAACUGUCAGCUGUCCCUAUUAUGUCAUCAGUCAUUUGAUAAAUUUUUGUGUCAAAUAUUGAAUCACCACUUGAUUGGAAAAUUUCUUCAAAUAGUUUUGGUUUUUCCGUUUAUUUAGUGCAAAUUUGGUGAAAAAUGGCAUCAGCAGCAGAAGCCAGAGCUUCUUUAUGUGGCAAGUUGGGCCUGAAACCAUUGACUGGUCAAAAUAUUUUGUUUUAUUAUGCGCCGGUACAGGGUGUCCUGAGCUACACAGCCCUAUCUGUGAAUGUGAUGAAUCCUACUCUGGUGUUGAGAAUAUUUCCGAAGAGGGAUAUAACCAAUGUUCUUUUGUUCAACACUUUGGUAGGCUCUGGGCUGUACUUGUAUAAUAGGCCACAUCUCAGUUCCCUUUCCACAAAGGAAAGACUUCUGUAUAGUUCUUUUGGUGCUGUAACUUUCUCUCUAGGAUCUGUUUUGAUUUGGGCAAUUGUGAGGAGUCUGGUACCACAGAAUGUGGUGCUCUGUUCAGUUUGUGGCGUCGGUUCUGGACUAGCCAUGAUCAAAAUUGCACGUAGCUAUACAGAACAUGUAGAUUCUCUCACCUCAAAAAAAGUUUAAUAAAAACCACUCUUUUAUUGCAAGCUUUGUUCGAAAUGUAUUUAUCAGUGUAAAGUGUAA